UCGGGGUGGAGGUUACAUCAAGCCAGCACUCGGCUUGGGAAACAUCAGUGUCAGUUUCCUCUGGAGCUCCUGUGCGGCCUUGGUGAUACUGAAGGUUGUGAUCUUUUGUCAUUAGGAAUUAACGAUGGACUUAAACACACCGACUCCUGCCGCUUUUGACGCUCGAUGACGCCAAAAGAUUAGAUCAACCGAGGCAGAAAUGUGACAACACUUGUUUAAGGGGAUUCAGAGCAUUGACAGCUCCCGGCCUGCCCGCGCAGGGCCAACGACUCAGACGAGGAAAACCCGAGGAUCACGGCCUUCCGUCCGGAUGACACCGGCACGAGCGAGCCGCACCGCUUUGUGUAGCUAGCAUUAGCUAAGCUAACAAGUGUCUCCUCAAAUUUGACUUGAUUAUAAAUGGAUAUCUCAGUUCAAACAGAGUUAUAUCGGGUGCUUGGACCGAGGAGCUGUUGAUGAGUUUUCUGACUCUGAAAUGGACGGACCACAUCUUUUAUAGGACCGUAUCUGGCUGUGAAAACUGCUAAAGGUUUUCCAGGCAUGAUGGAAGGACUUCAGGGCCAGAGUCUCAGCCUCGACCCACGUCGGCAGGAACUUCUCGAGGCUCGAUUCACAGGAGUUGGUGUUGCCAAGACUUCUGAAUCAUCAAACCAGUCUCAGUGCAGCGCUGGGUCUCUCAGUGACAAGGAACCAGAGUCUCUGGAGAGAAAGGCCAAUGGCAGAAGCAAGAAAAGAAAAGGCGACAUCUUCGACAGCAGCAACCAGGGAAAAGGAAAAGGGCAAAAGCUGAAUGAUUAUUUUGAGUUUGCUGGUAGCAGCGGCUCUGGCGCCAGUCCUGCGCGAGGCGUCCAUUUGCUGCUGCGCUCCUCUUCGCAGUGCUCUCUGUCUUAUCCUCCGAAUGGCAGCCCUUCGUCCAUAGGCUCCGCCCACACCGACUCCUCUUCCUGCUGCUCCUUUAAGACGGCUCCUACAACUUCCUGUUCACACAAAGCAAUCCAGUCAGAUCUGACGCUGCUGAAACUGAAAGCUAUAGAAAAGGUCAAGAACUCUGACCUGGAGAGGACCGAAGGAAGGAUAGACGACCUGGUGAGGUCUAACUGUGACCUGAGGCGUCAGGUCGAUGAGCAGCAGAAGAUGCUGGAGCGCUACAAGGAGCGGCUGAACAAAUGUGUGAAAAUAAGCCAGCAGCUGCUAAUUGAGCAGUCAAAGAGGGAGAAAAUGGCUUGCAGGGACAAGAGCAUGCAGGAUCGUCUGCGUUUGGGUCACUUCACCACCGUUCGCCACGGAGCGUCCUUCACGGAGCAAUGGACCGAUGGAUACGCCUUCCAGAAACUCAUCAAGCAGCAGGAGCAAAUCAACUCACAGCGGGAGGAUAUCGAGAGGCAGAGGAAGCUGCUGGGAAAGAGGAAGCCUCCAACGGUCCAGAUGCCUCCACCAAACAUGGAGCAGAACAAGCGAAAGAGCAGAAGCAACGGCCAGGAGAAUGAAACGUUGUCGCUGGCUGCGUAUCGAGAACAAGAGGAGAUUUUCAAACUUCGAAUAGGCCGUUUAAAAAAGGAAGAAGCAGAGAUCCAGACGGAGCUGGAGCAGCUGGAGAGGGUUAGAAAUUUGCACAUUCGGGAGCUAAAGAGAAUCCACAAUGAGGAUAACUCGCAAUUUAGAGACCAUCCCACACUGAAUGAUCGAUACCUGCUUUUACGUUUAUUAGGACGAGGAGGCUUCAGUGAAGUUUUUAAAGCGUUUGAUUUAACAGAACAGAGAUAUGUAGCCAUCAAAAUCCAUCAGCUCAAUAAGAACUGGAGAGAGGAGAAGAAGCAAAACUACCACAGACAUGCAUGUAGAGAAUACAGGAUCCACAAAGAACUCGACCAUCCUAGAAUAGUCAAACUCUACGACUAUUUCUCAAUCGACAGAGAUUCGUUCUGCACGGUGCUGGAGUACUGCGGCGGCAACGAUCUGGAUUUCUACUUGAAGCAGAAUAAGUCGAUGACGGAGAAGGAGGGACGCUCCAUCAUCAUGCAGCUCGUCAACGCCCUCAAGUAUCUCAACCAGAUUCGGCCUCCCAUCAUCCACUAUGACCUCAAGCCUGGGAACAUCUUGUUGGUUAAUGGCACGGCGUGUGGGGAGAUAAAGAUCACCGACUUCGGCCUGUCCAAGAUCGUGGAUGACGACAACUCUGCUGAUGGCAUGGAUCUGACUUCACAGGGAGCAGGGACCUACUGGUAUUUACCACCUGAGUGCUUCAUAAUGGGGAAAGACCCUCCAAAAAUAUCCAACAAGGUCGACGUUUGGUCAGUGGGAGUCAUCUUCUACCAGAUCUUAUACGGACGGAAGCCGUUUGGUCACAACCAGUCCCAGCAGGACAUCCUCCAAGAAAACACCAUUCUGAAAGCUACUGAAGUGCAAUUCCCCCCGAAACCCGUCGUCACCACCGAGGCAAAGGCUUUUAUUCGCCGUUGCUUGGCGUACCACAAGGAGGACCGCGUGGACGUGCUGCAGUUGGCCAGCGACCCUUUCCUGAUGCCCAACAUUCGUAAAGCCCUGGGCAGCAGCACGACGUCGCUGCUGCCCAGUCCCUCCACCUCCAGCUGCUACAGCAGCAGUGCCUCCAACUCAAGUUAGCAUGAAGAACGAAGCGGGAAACCCAAAGGACAGAGGACAUACACACACGCUCGUGUGUGUAUGUGGAGUAGAGGAAAGAGGGGACCCCAAAACUAUGAAUGGAGCGGGACUGGAGGAUGGGACCUCCAACUGGUCCAAAGGUGCAGGACCAAGCCUCCAGCUGUGGGCUCAGUAGAACCCAAAGAUUUGCAGAUAUGCAUGCACUAACAUAAACCCUGUCUUACGCAAAGGGACUUUCUUCAUGCUAAAAUAAAAAGAGUUUGGAAAAUUUUGCACAAUUGACUCGCUUCGAUGUAUGACAUGUGGGAAGUCACAUGGUCAUACUCAGGAUAGUUUACAGAAGUUAAUAAUUUAUAAUGUUUUACCCCAUACUGCUUGAAAUCUAUCAAACUGUCAAUCAUAUCUCUAAUGGUCAGUUUCAAAUAUAUCUGUAAGGAUGACAACUGAGAAUUAAAGCAGUCUUGUUGACUUGAAAUUGCUGAAAAUUAAUACAUUGACUUGAAACAGAAAAGAGCUGAUUGGGGAGAGCGUGAUUAGUUUUGACCUAUUUUCUGUAAUUGUACUUGAAGUCAGCUUUUUAUUUUAAUGAAGUCCAUAUUUUUCCAUUAGAUUCCCCCCUCCUAAUGUUGCUAACCUUAAACUGGAGGGGCGGGUUGACUCUGGGUGAGUGUUGUGAGUUGCGACUCAACUGAAAUAAUUAAUGAGAUCAUUAAAAAGUAUUUGGUUAUCA